AUGUUUUCCCUUCCCCAAGAAAACAUCUCCCUAAUCCUCCACACCAUCCUCCACCCCAUCAUCCAUUACCCAGCACAAAUACGCACAUGGUUAUUCAUCCAAUGUACUUUAUUAAGUCUCGGAUUGGGAGAUUUUGUAGAAGGAGAUGUUGGGGCUGGUAUGUAA